AUGAGGUGGAGCUGUGUGUGGUUGGGUUUUCUUACUUUAUCUGUAACCAGUGUCACCGAUGUCCACGCCAGACAGGGUAAGACACAGACUGUUUAAGAUAAAGUGCAAAGAUUUUCAGGACUGCCUGUUAACAUUAUCUGUUUUCUUUACCUGUCCCAAAGUUCUCAACCAUGUCGGCAGUAUCUGUAGCACAUGGGGCAGAGACCACUUCAAGACAUUUGAUGGCGAUGUGUUCCAGUUCCCGGGUAUGUGUGAAUACAACCUGGUCUCUGACUGUCACUCCACCUACCAGGAGUUCUCGGUUCACAUGAGGAGGAAGGAGAUUGAUGGAAACCCCACAGUCAGUUAUCUGGUGGUUACCAUCAGUGACCUGUUAUUCCACCUCGGCAAGAAACUGGUCACUGUCAAUGGCCUCCCGUGAGUAAAAAAUGGAAAAUGAAGCAGCUGCACAGAUUUUUCUCUGGGACAUUUGUGAUUUAUGAUACAAUCUUUCUUUCAGUGUUCACAUGCCAUACUACAAGUCAGGAGUACAAGUGGAGAAAAAUGAUGCGUACAUCAAGCUCCAAUCCAAAGUUGGCAUUGUUGUCAUGUGGAAUGGUGACGAUGCAGUCAUGGUAAAAGCUUAAAACCGAUGUUUCUUCUAAAACUACUUGAACACUCUCAAACUACGACACAUUCAUAUCACGUUUACUGUUGGUAGUUUAUUCACGUUAUUUCAUGAUGCCACAGUCAUUCACAGACGUUUUUGUGGGCAUGUUGAGUUAUUGAUUAUCCAUUUUCAUAGUUGAAAUUAAAACAAAAAACCCUCUGCUGUGUUGUAGGUGGAACUGGACGCUGAUUUUGCCAAUCUUACUUGUGGACUUUGCGGGGACUUUAAUGGUGUUUCUAUCUACAAUGAGUUCAUUGAUAAUGGUGAAUAUAAUAUCAAACUUUGUGUGUUUAUACGUGCAAACACCACCACUAUAUCUUGACAUUUUACACUAUGAUGACAAUUAUAUACAGACCGCAGAAUAAGUCCCAUUGAGUUUGGCAACGAUCAGAAAAUCCAUCAUCCGAAUGAAGACUGUGAGGACCCCUUUGAAGAGGAAUCACUGGAGGCUGUGACUGUGCCAGAGUCAUGCAAGGGCUUUGUAAGUGUUUUCUCCAUGUAAUUCUGGCACAGUGCUAUUGAAGCACUUAACUGUCAUGUCACUAAAGUGUACAUAUAUCUCCUUUUCCCAUUUAGAAAACUAACUGUGAGCAGCGUCUGCGUUCAGAGUCCUGGAGCUCCUGCACCAACCAGAUUAACCCUGAACCUUACAUCCAGGCCUGUGUGCAGGAUAUGUGUGGCUGCAACAACAGAUCAGAUGACUUCUGCGUCUGCAGCACGCUGUCUGAGUUCUCCCGGCAGUGCUCCCAUGCUGGAGGGCAGCCUCCCAACUGGAGGACACCUCAGUUCUGUGGUAACAUUGACAUUUCUCAGCUUGAUUAUCAUUUUUAUGUUGAUUUUAAAGAAGUUGGAGUGAUAAUCAAAGUAAUAAAAUCAGCUCACUUCAUCUUUCUUAGUGCUAACAGAUGCUGCAAGUGAAUAAUAAGUUGAUGAAUUGUAAUGUAAAAUUGUGCAAAAUACUGACAAUUAUUUUAAAAAAAUGGGAAUGCUGUUUUUGUUACUAUUAAACAACUCUUUUUUGUAUCAUUUGAUUACAGCUAAACAGUGCUCAUAUAACAUGGUGUAUAAAGAGAGUGGUUCCCCUUGCAUGGAUACAUGCACACAUCACGACACAAGUUCACUGUGUGAGGAGCAUAAGAUGGAUGGCUGCUUUUGUCCUCCUGGUUAGUGACAUGUACAUUAAACACUGGUUGAAUCCCAACGUGUAAGUGUCCUCACAGACACUUUCCAGACUUUUUCUUGCUAGUCUGUAAAUAUCUGUGUGAAAUUUUCCAUUUCAGGAACUGUGUUUGAUAAUAUCUCCGGGAGAGGGUGCAUUAAACAGUCUGAAUGUCAGUGCAAACAUGACAGGACCUAUAACUCUGGUGAGGUUUACCGACAGGACAAAAAGGAAUGGUAUGUUGAAUAUUUUUAUCAUGUCAGUAUGGUAUUUUUUUGCACAAUUUUGCGUCUUUGUUUCCUUUUUUCUGAAUGUGUAUGGGUUGUUUCAGUACAUGUCUUGAGGGAAAAUGGGAUUGUAAGAGCCUGCAAAAGCCUUCUACAUGCGCAGUCGAAGAGGGUUCACAUGUCACUACCUUUGAUGGGAAAACUUACACCUUCCACGGAGACUGUUACUACACCUUAGCCAAAGUAGAAAAGAAGGUGAAUUAGUCAUAUGUUCAUAUUAUUCAAAUUGUAAAAUCAGCUAAUGUACAAAAAAAAAAAAACCUUUUAAAUGAUUUGUUUAAUUUUACUCUCAACUAAGCACUAUACAUUUCAGGAUGAUGCAAGCCCAAAAUUUACCAUCUCGGCCCAGCUGGUCCCAUGUGCAAAUCAGAAGUUUGACACUUGUCUGAAGACCCUUAAAAUCCUGCUCAAUAAUGACAGAAACAAUGUGAGUUCCCUUCAAGUGAUGAUGACUGCAGUAGCAAUAAACUCACAUAAUUGUCUGCAACUAUUUAAAUGAUGAAAUAUGUUUUUAUUUAGAUAUUUAUGUUCACUUCUGAUGGCACAGUAAAGCAGAAUAUGCAGACUAUCAGUUUACCGUACCAAUCAGGUGGGUUCAACAAUCAGACAUCCUGACUGAAACACGUUUUUGUCGUCCGUAUUCCUGCAAUAACAGAAGAUGAUGCAAAUGUGUUUUUCUCCUUUAUCUAAAGGUGAUAUCAACAUAUUCCAUGCUUCAUCCUUUCACAUCUUGCUUCAAACCAGUUUUGGAUUGCAAAUUCAAAUUCAGCACGUGCCUCUCAUGCAAGUCUAUAUCAGCCUGGAGCAAAGCUACAGCCUAAAGACCCGAGGUAAGUUUUGCAUCCAUCCUUUUUAAAGCUCACAUAAGGAACUUUUAGCUUAGGCUGAGUUUGUCCUGGAACAGAGUGGUAUUUAUUGUCAAUGUGGUGACUUUGUCUUAUAUAUGUGAAAGUUGUCUAACAAAAGAUCUCACCCUAGUCUAUUAUUACAGUCAAAUGUCUUUUUUCUUCCUCAGGUUUAUGUGGGAACUACAACAUGAUCCAGUCUGAUGACAUGAAGACUCCUCAGGGGAUUGUUGAGAGAACAGCAGCCACUUUUAUAAACUCCUGGAAAUCUAACAUCAUGUGUAAAAACAGAGAAGAAAGACUGGAUGACCCCUGUUCUGUCAGCGAGGAAAAUGGUACAGUUUACACAUGUUGCUCAUUUGACCGUUCGUUCAACUUUUGGUUGUGUAUUUGGCAGAUUCCCUGCUUGUAACUCCUGUAUGGAGAAUGUAAGAAUGUUAUAUUGGGGGCAAAUAGAGAGUUUAAUAGAUUUAAAGACUUGCAAAUUCAUACAUUUAUUAUCUUUUUAUUCUCAGAGGAGUAUGCCAAACACUGGUGUGCUCUAUUGCUAAAUCCAAGUAGCACCUUUGCUCGGUGCCAUCCAGAGGUGGAUGCUGAGAUGUACCACGAGGUAUUGCAAAAGUUAAUUUGUUUUUCUAAUUACAUUUUUAUGGAACUACAGGCCUUUAAAGUGUGCACUACUCUCUGCAGAGAUGUAUUUAUGCCAGUUGCAACUGUGAGAGGAGUGAGGACUGCCUGUGUGCUGUUUUCUCCUCCUAUGCACGAGCCUGUGCAUCAAAGGGAGUGUUUCUGACUGACUGGAGAGACGGCGUGUGUGGUAGGAAUUUCAGCCUUUGUCUUGUAGUUUCUGAAGUUUGGUUUUCUAUCGUAUGUCUGAGUCAUUUAACUAGGUGGUAAGUAACUGUCCUCAUGUUGUGCAAAAAUUAACAGAUAAAUAUAAAGGGAACUGCCCAGAGUCACAGACCUUCUCUUACAAGCAUCAGAGAUGCCAGUUGACCUGCAGAUCACUUAGCCCCAUGCAGAAGAGCUGCACUACUGACUUUUUGCCUGUGGAUGGCUGUUCUUGCUCUGAGGGUUUCUAUCUUAAUGAUAACGGGAUUUGCGUCCCCAAGGAAAAGUGCCCUUGCUACCACAAUGAAAAGCACAUCAAGCCAGGAAAGUCCAUCAACACCAAAGAUGAACACUGGUGAGUAUUUUUUUUGCAAUUUGUUAUCAUUAGACUAAAAAUGAAUAUCAGAGUUUAUGGAUAUGAGUUGCUUUUAUAGUUUUGAACAGCUUAUGUCUUUGGUUCCUUCUUCUAGUGUGUGCACUGAUGGGGUGCUUCAUUGCCGCUCUUUGAGAGCCCGCUCAUCAGGUAUUUUUCCUUGUUUUGUCUAUUUUCUUAACCACAAAACAAACAUCAGGUCGCUGGGAUCACAGAUUGAAGCAGUUUCUUCUUUUACAGAGUGCCGCUCUCCAACGUUUUUCUUCAACUGCUCAACAGCAGGCGCAGGAGAGCUUGGACUGCAGUGUGCUAGGACCUGUUCAAAUCUUGACAAUGAGGAUUGUGUGCGUUUUUCAGUUUGUUUUUUUCUGUCUUUUGUGUGAGUUUGUGUGUGUGUUUGGAUGAAGACUAGAGGUGGUUUUUCCUUUACAAAGUGUUAUAGUGGAAAGUGUCCUGUUUUCUUUAAGAGGGUUAAACUCUGUUGAGUUUCACUAGUUUCAAACGUGGUUUCUAUACUUUUUAACGGUUAUGUCCUCAGCACAAGUAAAAUGUCCUUGUUUUCUAUUUCUGUGACUCUUCUAUCUUCUUAGGAUGUCAACGAGUGUGAAUCUGGCUGCAUGUGUCCAGAUGGUCUCCUCAAUGAUGGCAAAGGUUCCUGUGUGAAAGAAAACAUGUGUCCGUGUCAGCAUGGGGGGCAUUUCUAUGCCCCAGGAACAACAAUCCCAAACCAGUGCAACACCUGGUAUGUUGGUUUUAUCAGACAUACAAUAUAACGUGGAGAGUGAAUUCUUUUUUCAUGUUUUUAUUACACUUUUUAUUGCAGACUGUUACAGACUAUUUUUUUCACUAUUUUGUUACAUUUAGUACCUGCAGAGGUGGAAAAUGGGAGUGCACGGAAAAAAAGUGUCAAGGAACGUGCAUUAUUUAUGGGAGUGGUCACUACAACACAUUUGAUCAGCGAACAUACGGGUUCCAAGGACAUUGUUCAUAUGUUGCUGUGAAGGUAACAUAUCUGGUCAACAAUGAAAUGAAAUUCAGUCUAAAACCAUUCAUUUCGUACUCAUUUAUUUCUCCCUAUGGGUGCCGAGUAAUGAGAAGAGACAUUUCAAUAAGAUAAACCUUUACUCAUCCCAUGGUGGGGAUAUUUGCAGUGUUAACUGCAGCAAAGGAUGAAGAAUAAGUACGCUCAUGCAUAUAGUGCACAGAUAGAUAAAAAAUGUUAACUUAGAUCUAUACAAAAAAUGAUAUAUACAAAAAAGAGAAAAAUGUAAGUCAUGUGGAUUACUUCUGCCAUAGCUGUUGGUCAUAGCUGACAAAGAUGUAGUUUUGUGCACCUGUAAUAUUUGCAUCUUGAAAGUGCGAACAUCUACAUGUUUUCAUGUUAAAGGUUCAUGUUUGUGAACUUUUAAAGAAAAAGCUUUUCAACAUCAGUUAUUCUAGUUAAAAAUAGAGUUCAGGCUACCUUGUUCUUUUAAGGCUGAAUUGUACAUUCCUGUUUCUAUUGCCAAGCAUUGGUUUGAUUGUAUUUUCAUAAGACAAAUAUUCAAAAUGUUCAAUAAAUCUCUCUCUCUCUUUUUAAAGAACAACUGUGGGAACAAAACCACACAUGAAAACUAUGGAGUUAUUACAGAAAAUGUACCAUGUGGAUCCACUGGCACCACAUGCUCAAAAACCGUCAGAAUCCAACUCGGGGUAAGACCAUGUCAGAACAUCUUAUAUUUAUUUUGUGCUGUGCAAAUUGGACGUGAGUCUGAAGGUAUUUAAUAAAUAACCCAUGACAAUAGCAACAAAAAUUUUCUUGACUUUACAGGGAACUGAAGUCAAACUAUCAAAAGGGAAACAGGCGGUGGUCCAGGGAAAUGACUCUACAAUACCGUACAAAAUUAGGAAUGUUGGCAUGUAUGUGGUGGUAGAAACUGCCAUUGGUCUAACAGUAAUAUGGGAUCGCAAAACAACAGUUCGCACCCUGCUGGACCAAAAGCAUAGCGUGAGUGACUUUGUGGUGAUGAAUGAUACCUUUCACAGUAAGAGCUUGACUGUACCUUUGUUUUGUAUUAGCUGUCAUUGCUGAUCAUUUUGUUUCACAAGUAUUUGAUCUUUUGGGUAACAGUGGCGUUGGAGGGGUUAUAUAAAAACAGAUUUUCACAAUACUAUACCCUCUUUUUUAAAUAACACUAAUAAAAUACACUGUAUAAAAAAUGUGGCAUAGGAUCACUUAUACCCAGAAAGUUCUGGUUGCUUGGAAUGCCAAAGAAUAUUGUUGUGCAAUAUUUCAACCAUGAUAAAAGGAUUAAUGGAUUUUUUUGUGUGGCUGUACAGGGAGAGGUAUGUGGUCUAUGUGGAAAUUUUGAUGGUGAUGGACAGAAUGACUUUACCACCCAGGGUCAGCUCACAGUGAGCAAUGUGUUAGAAUUUGCAAACAGCUGGAAAGUGUUAAGCAGCUGUCCUGAUGUAGAUACAAAUGUCAAUGCUUGUGGAGCAAGACCAAAUCGACAUCACUGGGCAAAAAUGAUGUGCAGCAUCAUAAAAGGAGAAACUUUCAAAGAGUGCCACAGCAAGGUAAAGAAAGAGUCGUUCCUGUUUUGUUGAUUUUGAAGUUUUAGGGUUAGAAUGAUCAGAUCUUUUAAAAAUCUGUAUUAACAAACUAAACAGGUAGAUCCUCGUCCUUUCUAUGAAAACUGUGUGAAAGACUCCUGUGCCUGUGACUCUGGUGGAGACUGUGAAUGCUUCUGUACAGCAGUUGCAGCUUAUGCUCAAGCUUGUAAUGAGGCUGAUGUUUGUGUUGCAUGGAGAACUCCAGAACUCUGUCGUAAGUAUCCAAUAGCUUUAAGACCAUAUUUAAUAAGAAACUUCUUCCUAAAUAGUUAGAGAUUCUUUUGUAGAUAUUCAUGUUUUGUUUGUACAUUUGCUUUAUGGAACAGUUUGAUAUGGCCUCUUUAGAAUGAACAGAUAAGCUGAUAAUCUGUAUUGUUUUGUCGGUUAUGCAGUUAAUCGAACCUACAUGUAGAGGGCAUAUUUGCAAAUAUUUCUUAAUUUCUUUUAUGACUUGAAAUUGGGUUGCAGUUUGUUGUCACCUGAAGUAAGUAAUAAGCUUUACCCAAAUGAAAUGCAGCACUGAAGCAUUAAAAUACUAGAAAAGCACUCGGAGAGCGCAGACCUCUGCCAAGCAGCUCAUGUCCCCCCUUAUAUUGUGAUUCACACCAAAACUUUUAGUGUUACGUGUCUUUUAUUAACUUUUAUUUGUGUUUAAACUGGUAUGUUCACUGUUCAUAAUAUUCCUAAAACAACAAAGCUCAUAUUAGAUACAUAAAUGCAUGAUUUAUUAUGCAAUAUUUGUAAGUGUACACUUCCUUGUAUCUUCAUUGGUUAUCUUUCAGCAUUGAAAAUUCCAAUGACACCCUUAUUUUUGUGUGUUCUGGAUCACAGUAUCCGGAAUUUUGUCUGGAUCAGGAUCAACCUUUGACACCUCUUAAAACUCAUUGAGAUCCUUUUGUGUAUUUUUUUUACUAAAGACUCUGGCCAUUUUUAUAGAGUUAAAUGCAAAAAUUCCCAAAUCUGCCCUAUCUCACAAUGAUAAAGAAUCGUUCAAAAAAUUCCUGGAUCCAGAAGGCGAUCCGGAUCACCACCAAAAUGUACUGGGAUCGUCCUGGGGCUGAGACGCACCUCUGGUGAAAAUUUCAGGUCAAUCCGUCUGUAACUUUCUCUGUAAAGUUGCUAACAGACAAACAAACAAACAAACAAACAAACCAAUGGUACCAAAAACAUAACCUCCUUGGUGGAGGUAAUAAGUGCAAGAAAACAUCAGGUUGAGUCAAAUUAUAAGCAUUUUAUCACUGAUUUAACACUCACUUUUUCUUUAACUAAAACAUUUGUAUAUUUUCCCCAGCUGUCUUUUGUGAUUACUACAACAAACCUGGCGAGUGCAAGUGGCACUACCACCCUUGUCACACACCUUGCUACAAGACCUGUUUAAACCCACAAGGACAUUGCAGCAACCCUAUGCCGAACCUUGAAGGUAAGAGCUUGAAUAAUCUCCUCUUAACAAUUGUUGGUUUGUAAGAAAGAGCUUCAUGUUCAACUGUCUGGGUGUGCUUGGAAAAAAAAAAUUGAAAAGGUCUCCCAGACUCUCCUGAGCAGUCACAAGGAGAAAAAAAUUAAUUAUAGCUGCAUUUGACAAUAAAUGGGCCCUUGCACUUCUGUGAUUUACAAGAAAAGAGCUGCACGCUUAACAUCAGUUGUAGUAUUCUUGCUUCUGGUGUGGUGGUCAGAUAAGAUCAUUCAAAAAGGCUGUAGAGGACGCACACACAGAGAGAUGGAAAAGUGAGGUGUCUUAAAAACUUGGAUCCAUUUUCUUGCCAGGAUCAAACAAAUAAACAAACAUUUCAGUCUCAAUUGACUAUCAUCAGUGCAAUGACAUGUUUGUUUUAUUCUAUUCUGUAAUUUUUACAGGCUGUUACCCUGUAUGCCCAGAAGAUAAGCCCAUUUAUGAUGAGAAAAACAAGACAUGUGUUGAGGACUGUGAAGGUUGCUUUUACAAUGGGACGAGAUAUGAGGAAGAUGACAUUAUUUACCGUGUGCCAGACAAUAUGGGAAUGUGCUACUAUGGAAUAUGCAAGAAUGGAACAGUGAUACACCUAAAUGAGUCCUGCCACACAACUUCUACUCCGUCAACAACGACAGCUAUCAUAACAAUCACUACACCCUUGACGCAAAACACUUUGCCACCUACUACAACUACAGGAAUAACCAUCACAUCAACUGAGCCAACUUCUAAUAUUGUGUCAACAACAAAAUUGACUACCCCAACACCUGGACCUUCUGAAACACCUCCUAUCACCACUCCACAUCCAGUUGUAACCACAGAAAAGAUAACAACACCUGGACCUUCUACUACUACAUGCAUCACAACCUGUGAGUGGUCUGAGUGGUAUGAUGUGCAUUACCCAAAAGAAGACAAGAGUGACUGGGAAACAUAUGAGAACAUCACAAACAGUGGAAUAGCAAUUUGCAAAAAUCCAUCUGAAAUUGAUUGUAGAGCAGCAGAUUAUGAUCACAUAGAUUUGGAUGAAUUUAUGAGUGAAACUGGUCAAGUAGUGAGUUGUGAUUUGUCAUACGGUUUGAUAUGUAGAGGAGAAGACCAGUUAAAGCCACCACAAAUGUGCUUUAACUAUAAAAUCAAAGUUUGUUGUGAGGUGGAAAUAUGCCAUCCUACUAGCCCUCAACCUCCUCAUACUACAGAGGAACCAACAACAACUACAAAAUCUACGACAAUAUCAACUGAAACACCUCCUAUCACAACUGAGAGGCCAGUUGUAACCACACAAGCAACAUCUCCAACACCUGGAAAACCUUCAACUACAACUGCAGUGCAAACCCCUCAAACAACAAGACCCCCAACUCAACCUCCUCAUACUACAGAGGAACCAACAACAACUACAGAAUCUACAACACUGUCCACCAAAAAGCCUCCUAUCACUACGGAGGAGCCAGUUGUAACCACACAAGCAACAUCUCCAACACCUGGAAAACCUUCAACUACAACUGCAGUGCAAACACCUAAACCAACAACACCCCCAACUCCAACUCCUCAUACUACAGAGGAACCAACAACAACUACAAAAUCUACGAUCCUAUCAACUGAAACACCUCCUAUCACCACUCCACAUCCAGUUGUAACCACAGAAAAGAUAACAACAACACCUGGACCUUCUACUACUACAUGCAUCACAACCUGUGAGUGGUCUGAGUGGUAUGAUGUGCAUAACCCAAAAGAAGACAAGAGUGACUGGGAAACAUAUGAGAACAUUACAAACAGUGGUAUUGCAAUUUGCAAAAAUCCAUCUGAAAUUGAUUGUAGAUCAGCAGAAUAUGAUCACAUAGAUUUGGAUGAUUUUUUGAGUCAGACCGGUCAAGUAGUGAGUUGUGAUUUGUCAUAUGGUUUGAUAUGUAGAAGAGAAGACCAGUUAAGGCCACCACGAAAGUGUUUUAACUAUAAAAUCAAAGUUUGUUGUGAGGUGGAAAUAUGCCAUCCUACUAGCCCUCAACCUCCUCAUACUACAGAGAAACCAACAACAACUACAAAAUCUACGACAAUAUCAACUGAAACACCUCCUAUCACAACUGAGAGGCCAGUUGUAACCACACAAGCAACAUCUCCAACACCUGGAAAACCCUCAACUACAACUGCAGUGCAAACCCCUCAAACAACAAGACCCCCAACUCCACCUCCUCAUACUACAGAGGAACCAACAACAACUACAAAAUCUACGACAAUAUCAACUGAAACACCUCCUAUCACAACUGAGAGGCCAGUUGUAACCACACAAGCAACAUCUCCAACACCUGGAAAACCUUCAACUACAACUGCAGUGCAAACCCCUCAAACAACAAGACCCCCAACUCAACCUCCUCAUACUACAGAGGAACCAACAACAACUACAGAAUCUACAACACUGUCCACCAAAAAGCCUCCUAUCACUACAGAGGAGCCAGUUGUAACCACACAAGCAACAUCUCCAACACCUGGAAAAUCUUCAACUACAACUGCAGUGCAAACACCUAAACCAAGUACAACCCCAACUCAACCUCCUCAUACUACAGAGGAACCAACAACAACUACAAAAUCUACGACACUAUCAACUGGAAAACCUCCUAUCACAACUCAGAGGCCAGUUGUAACCACACAAGCAACAUCUCCAACAACUGAGGGAACCACAAAUGUGAUUGUGACUGGUCCUCCACAACCACAACCAACAACAGGCCCACAAGUAAGUCAUCAUACAACUCUGAAGUCUACGCCACAAUCAACUGAAGGACCAAUAAAAACAACAACAGCGACAACACUGACGCCUGGAAAACCUUCACCUACAACUGCAGUGCAAACACGUACCACAACUGAGGGGCCAGUUGUAACCACACAAGCAACAUCUCCAACAACUGGAAAAUCUUCAACUACAACUGCAGUGCAAACACCUAAACCAAGUACACCCCCAACUCAACCUUCUCAUACUACAGAGGAACCAACAACAACUACAAAAUCUACGACACUAUCAACUGAAACGCCUUCUAUCACAACUGAGAGGCCAGUUGUAACCACACAAGCAACAUCUCCAACACCUGGAAAACCCUCAACUACAACUGCAGUGCAAACCCCUCAAACAACAAAACCCCCAACUCCACCUCCUCAUACUACAGCUGAACCAACAACAACUACAAAAUCUACGACAAUAUCAACUGAAACACCUCCUAUCACAACUGAGGGGCCAGUUGUAACCACACAAGCAACAUCUCCAACACCUGGGAAAACCUUCAACUUCAACUGCAGUGCAAACACCUAAACCAACAACACCCCCAACAUCAACUCCUCAUACUACAGAGGAACCAACAACAACUACAAAAUCUACGACAAUAUCAACUGAAACACCUCCUAUCACAACUGAGAGGCCAGUUGUAACCACACAAGCAACAUCUCCAACACCUGGAAAACCUUCAAAUACAACUGCAGUGCAAACCCCUCAUACAACAAGACCCCCAACUCAACCUCCUCAUACUACAGAGGAACCAACAACAACUACAGAAUCUACAACACUAUCCACCAAAAAGCCUCCUAUCACAACUGAGGAGCCAGUUGUAACCACACAAGCAACAUCUCCAACACCUGGAAACACUUCAACUACAACUGCAGUGCAAACACCUAAACCAACAAAACCCCCAACUCCAACUCCUCAUACUACAGAGGAACCAACAACAACUACAAAAUCUACGACAAUAUCAACUGAAACACCUCCUAUCACCACUCCACAUCCAGGUGUAACCACAGAAAAGAUAACAACAACACCUGGACCUUCUACUACUACAUGCAUCACAACCUGUGAGUGGUCUGAGUGGUAUGAUGUGCAUAACCCAAAUGAAGACAAGAGUGACUGGGAAACAUAUGAGAACAUUACAAACAGUGGUAUUGCAAUUUGCAAAAAUCCAUCUGAAAUUGAUUGUAGAGCAGCAGAUUAUGAUAACAUAGAUUUGGAUGAUUUUGUGAGUCAGACCAGUCAAGUAGUGAGUUGUGAUUUGUCAUACGGUUUGAUAUGUAGAAGAGAAGACCAGUUAAGGCCACCACGAAAGUGUUUUAACUAUAAAAUCAAAGUUUGUUGUGAGGUGGAAAUAUGCCAUCCUACUAGCCCUCAACCUCCUCAUUCUACAGAGGAACCAACAACAACUACAAAAUCUACGACAAUAUCAACUGAAACACCUCCUAUCACAACUGAGAGGCCAGUUGUAACCACACAAGCAACAUCUCCAACACCUGGAAAACCCUCAACUACAACUGCAGUGCAAACCCCUCAAACAACAAGACCCCCAACUCCACCUCCUCAUACAACAGAGGAACCAACAACAACUACAAAAUCUACGACAAUAUCAACUGAAACACCUCCUAUCACAACUGAGAGGCCAGUUGUAACCACAGAAGCAACAUCUCCAACACCUGGAAAACCUUCAACUUCAACUGCAGUGCAAACACCUAAACCAACAACAUCCCCAACUCCAACUCCUCAUACUACAGAGGAACCAACAACAACUACAAAAUCUACGACAAUAUCAACUGAAACACCUCCUAUCACAACUGAGAGGCCAGUUGUAACCACAGAAGCAACAUCUCCAACACCUGGAAAACCCUCAACUACAACUGCAGUGCAAACCCCUCAAACAACAAGACCCCCAACUCCACCUCCUCAUACUACAGAGGAACCAACAACAACUACAAAAUCUACGACAAUAUCAACUGAAACACCUCCUAUCACAACUGAGAGGCCAGUUGUAACCACACAAGCAACAUCUCCAACACCUGGAAAACCUUCAACUUCAACUGCAGUGCAAACACCUAAACCAACAACACCCCCAACUCCAACUCCUCAUACUACAGAGGAACCAACAACAACUACAAAAUCUACGACAAUAUCAACUGAAACACCUCCUAUCACAACUGAGGGGCCAGUUGUAACCACACAAGCAACAUCUCCAACACCUGGAAAACCUUCAACUACAACUGCAGUGCAAACACCUAAACCAACAACACCCCCAACUCCAACUCCUCAUACUACAGAGGAACCAACAACAACUACAAAAUCUACGACAAUAUCAACUGAAACACCUCCUAUCACAACUGAGAGGCCAGUUGUAACCACAGAAGCAACAUCUCCAACACCUGGAAAACCCUCAACUACAACUGCAGUGCAAACCCCUCAAACAACAAGACCCCCAACUCCACCUCCUCAUACUACAGAGGAACCAACAACAACUACAAAAUCUACGACAAUAUCAACUGAAACACCUCCUAUCACAACUGAGAGGCCAGUUGUAACCACACAAGCAACAUCUCCAACACCUGGAAAACCUUCAACUUCAACUGCAGUGCAAACACCUAAACCAACAACACCCCCAACUCCAACUCCUCAUACUACAGAGGAACCAACAACAACUACAAAAUCUACGACAAUAUCAACUGAAACACCUCCUAUCACAACUGAGAGGCCAGUUGUAACCACACAAGCAACAUCUCCAACACCUGGAAAACCUUCAACUUCAACUGCAGUGCAAACACCUAAACCAACAACACCCCCAACAUCAACUCCUCAUACUACAGAGGAACCAACAACAACUACAAAAUCUACGACAAUAUCAACUGAAACACCUCCUAUCACAACUGAGAGGCCAGUUGUAACCACACAAGCAACAUCUCCAACACCUGGAAAACCUUCAACUACAACUGCAGUGCAAACCCCUCAAACAACAAGACCCCCAACUCAACCCCCUUAUACUACAGAGGAGCCAACAACAACUACAAAAUCUACAACACUAUCCACCAAAAAGCCUCCUAUCACUACAGAGGAGCCAGUUGUAACCACACAAGCAACAUCUCCAACACCUGGAAAACCUUCAACUACAACUGCAGUACAAACACCUAAACCAACAAAACCCCCAACUCCAACUCCUCAUACUACAGAGGAACCAACAACAACUACAAAAUCUACGACACUAUCAACUGAAACACCUCCUAUCACAACUGAGAGGCCAGUUGUAACCACACAAGCAACAUCUCCAACACCUGGAAAACCCUCAACUACAACUGCAGGACAAACACCUAAACCAAGUACACCCCCAACUCAGACUCCUCAUACUACAGCAGAACCGACAACAACUACAAAAUCUACGACACUAUCAACUGAAACACCUCCUAUCACAACUGAGAGGCCAGUUGUAACCACACAAGCAACAUCUCCAACACCUGGAAAACCUUCAACUACAACUGCAGUGCAAACCCCUCAAACAACAAGACCCCCAACUCAACCUCCUCAUACUACAGAGGAACCAACAACAACUACAAAAUCUACGACACUAUCAACUGAAACACCUCCUCUCACAACUGAGAGGCCAGUUGUAACCACACAAGCAACAUCUCCAACACCUGGAAAACCUUCAACUACAACUGCAGUACAAACACCUAAACCAACAAGACCCCCAACUUCAACUCCUCAUACUACAGAGGAACCAACAACAACUACAAAAUCUACGACACUAUCAACUGAAACACCUCCUAUCACAACUGAGAGGCCAGUUGUAACCACACAAGCAACAUCUCCAACACCUGGAAAACCCUCAACUACAACUGCAGUACAGACACCUAAACCAAGUACACCCCCAACUCAGACUCCUCAUACUACAGCAGAACCGACAACAACUACAAAAUCUACGACACUAUCAACUGAAACACCUCCUAUCACAACUGAGAGGCCAGUUGUAACCACACAAGCAACAUCUCCAACACCUGGAAAACCUUCAACUACAACUGCAGUGCAAACACCUAAACCAACAAGACCCCCAACUCCAACCUCCUCAUACUACAGAGGAACCAACAACAACUACAAAAUCAACGACAAUAUCAACUGAAACACCUCCUAUCACAACUGAGAGGCCAGUUGUAACCACACAAGCAACAUCUCCAACACCUGGAAAACCUUCAACUACAACUGCAGUGCAAACACCUAAACCAACAAGACCCCCAACUCCAACUCCUCAUACUACAGAGGAACCAACAACAACUACAAAAUCUACGACACUAUCAACUGAAACACCUCCUAUCACAACUGAGAGGCCAGUUGUAACCACACAAGCAACAUCUCCAACACCUGGAAAACCCUCAACUACAACUGCAGGACAAACACCUAAACCAAGUACACCCCCAACUCAACCUCCUCAUACUACAGAGGAACCAACAACAACUACAAAAUCUACGACACUAUCAACUGGAAAACCUCCUAUCACAACUCAGAGGCCAGUUGUAACCACAGAAGCAACAUCUCCAACACCUGGAAAACCUUCAACUUCAACUGCAGUGCAAACCCCUCAAACAACAAAACCCCCAACUCAACCUCCUCAUACUACAGAGGAACCAACAACAACUACAAAAUCUACGACACUAUCAACUGAAACACCUCCUCUCACAACUGAGAGGCCAGUUGUAACCACACAAGCAACAUCUCCAACACCUGGAAAACCCUCACCUACAACUGCAGUACAAACACCUAAACCAACAAGACCCCCAACUCCAACUCCUCAUACUACAGAGGAACCAACAACAACUACAAAAUCUACGACACUAUCAACUGAAACACCUCCUAUCACAACUGAGAGGCCAGUUGUAACCACACAAGCAACAUCUCCAACACCUGGAAAACCCUCAACUACAACUGCAGUACAGACACCUAAACCAAGUACACCCCCAACUCCACCUCCUCAUACUACAGCAGAACCAACAACAACUACAAAAUCUACGACACUAUCAACUGAAACACCUCCUAUCACAACUGAGGGGCCAGUUGUAACCACACAAGCAACAUCUCCAACACCUGGAAAACCCUCAACUACAACUGCAGUGCAAACACCUAAACCAAGUACACCCCCAACUCAACCUCCUUAUACUACAGAGGAACCAACAACAACUACAAAAUCUACGACACUAUCAACUGAAACACCUCCUAUCACAACUAAGAGGCCAGUUGUAACCACACAAGCAACAUCUCCAACACCUGGAAAACCCUCAACUACAACUGCAGUGCAAACCCCUCAAACAACAAAACCCCCAACUCAACCUCCUCAUACUACAGAGGAACCAACAACAACUACAAAAUCUACGACACUAUCAACUGAAACACCUCCUAUCACAACUGAGGGGCCAGUUGUAACCACACAAGCAACAUCUCCAACACCUGGAAAACCAUCAACUACAACGGCAGUGCAAACCCCUCAAACAACAAGACCCCCAACUCAACCUCCUCAUACUACAGAGGAACCAACAACAACUACAAAAUCUACGACACUAUCAACUGAAACACCUCCUAUCACAACUGAGAGGCCAGUUGUAACCACACAAGCAACAUCUCCAACACCUGGAAAACCUUCAACUACAACUGCAGUACAAACACCUAAACCAACAAGACCCCCAACUCCAACUCCUCAUACUACAGAGGAACCAACAACAACUACAAAAUCUACGACACUAUCAACUGAAACACCUCCUAUCACAACUGAGAGGCCAGUUGUAACCACACAAGCAACAUCUCCAACACCUGGAAAACCUUCAACUACAACUGCAGUGCAAACACCUAAACCAAGUACACCCCCAACUCAACCUCCUCAUACUACAGCAGAACCAACAACAACUACAAAAUCUACGACACUAUCAACUGAAACACCUCCUAUCACAACUGAGGGGCCAGUUGUAACCACACAAGCAACAUCUCCAACACCUGGAAAACCUUCAACUACAACUGCAGUGCAAACACCUAAACCAAGUACACCCCCAACUCAACCUCCUCAUACUACAGAGGAACCAACAACAACUACAAAAUCUACGACACUAUCAACUGAAACACCUCCUAUCACAACUGAGAGGCCAGUUGUAACCACACAAGCAACAUCUCCAACACCUGGAAAACCCUCAACUACAACUGCAGUGCAAACCCCUCAAACAACAAAACCCCCAACUCAACCUCCUCAUACUACAGAGGAACCAACAACAACUACAAAAUCUACGACACUAUCAACUGAAACACCUCUCACAACUGAGAGGCCAGUUGUAACCACACAAGCAACAUCUCCAACACCUGGAAAACCUUCACCUACAACUGCAGUGCAAACCCCUCAAACAACAAAACCCCCAACUCAACCUCCUCAUACUACAGAGGAACCAACAACAACUACAAAAUCUACGACACUAUCAACUGAAACACCUCCUAUCACAACUGAGAGGCCAGUUGUAACCACACAAGCAACAUCUCCAACACCUGGAAAACCUUCAACUACAACUGCAGUGCAAACACCUAAACCAAGUACACCCCCAACUCAACCUCCUCAUACUACAGAGGAACCAACAACAACUACAAAAUCUACGACACUAUCAACUGAAACACCUCCUAUCACAACUGAGAGGCCAGUUGUAACCACACAAGCAACAUCUCCAACACCUGGAAAACCUUCACCUACAACUGCAGUGCAAACCCCUCAAACAACAAAACCCCCAACUCAACCUCCUCAUACUACAGAGGAACCAACAACAACUACAAAAUCUACGACACUAUCAACUGAAACACCUCCUAUCACAACUGAGGGGCCAGUUGUAACCACACAAGCAACAUCUCCAACACCUGGAAAACCCUCAACUACAACUGCAGUGCAAACACCUAAACCAAGUACACCCCCAACUCAACCUCCUCAUACUACAGAGGAACCAACAACAACUACAAAAUCUACGACACUAUCAACUGAAACACCUCCUAUCACAACUGAGAGGCCAGUUGUAACCACACAAGCAACAUCUCCAACACCUGGAAAACCUUCAACUACAACUGCAGUGCAAACCCCUCAAACAACAAGACCCCCAACUCAACCUCCUCAUACUACAGAGGAACCAACAACAACUACAAAAUCUACGACACUAUCAACUGAAACACCUCCUAUCACAACUGAGAGGCCAGUUGUAACCACACAAGCAACAUCUCCAACACCUGGAAAACCCUCAACUACAACUGCAGUGCAAACACCUAAACCAAGUACACCCCCAACUCAACCUCCUCAUACUACAGAGGAACCAACAACAACUACAAAAUCUACGACACUAUCAACUGAAACACCUCCUCUCACAACUGAGAGGCCAGUUGUUACCACACAAGCAACAUCUCCAACACCUGGAAAACCUUUACCUACAACUGCAGUGCAAACCCCUCAAACAACAAAACCCCCAACUCAACCUCCUCAUACUACAGAGGAACCAACAACAACUACAAAAUCUACGACACUAUCAACUGAAACAGCUCCUCUCACAACUGAGAGGCCAGUUGUAACCACACAAGCAACAUCACCAACAACUGAGGGAACCACAAAUGUGAUUGAGACUGGUCCUCCAAAACCACAACCAACAACAGGCCCACAGGUUGGUAAUUAUACAACUCUGAAGUCUACGCCACAAUCAACUGAAGGACCAAUAAAAACAACAACAGCAACAACACCGACGCCUGGAAAACCUUCAACUACAACUGCAGUGCAAACCCCUUCACCAACAAGACCCCCAACUCCAACUCCUCAUACUACAGAGGAACCAACAACAACUACAAAAUCUACGACAAUAUCAACUGAAACACCUCCUCUCACAACUGAGAGGCCAGUUGUAACCACACAAGCAACAUCUCCAACACCUGGAAAACCCUCAACUACAACUGCAGUGCAGACACCUAAACCAAGUACACCCCCAACUCAACCUCCUCAUACUACAGAGGAACCAACAACAACUACAAAAUCUACGACACUAUCAACUGAAACACCUCCUAUCACAACUGAGGGGCCAGUUGUAACCACACAAGCAACAUCUCCAACACCUGGAAAAUCCUCAACUACAACUGCAGUGCCAACCACAACCUUUUUUCAGUCAACUCUAACCACACAACGUACCACCACUGUUUGCUUUUGUAUUGUGAAUGGCAAACAGUAUAUGCCAGGUAGGAAAAGAAAUAAUUAGUAAUUUCUUUGCCACAUACUUUUUUAUGCAAGUUAAAAAUCUCAGGUAUUCCAGUGUAUCAUGUUGUAACCUGUUUUGACAACUCUAGGGGAUGUCAUACACGACAAUGUUCACAUUGGAUCAGGAGUGUGCCUUACAAUGAUAUGUUCUGACAUUUGUGAGAUUCAGAAUAAGACAGAUAUCUGUACAACCACAUCAAUACCCUCAACCACACCUUAUGUACCUACCUGCCCUGAUUGGGAUGUAGUGGUAAGAAUCUUUAUGUACUCUGCACAAUCUUUUUUUACUUUUAUGGUUUGUACAAAGCACAUGUAAUGGUAAUGCAUGUUUAAACAUAAGCCAGAUCUCCUGCUUUUUUUCUUAACUAAAUUGUGUUCUUUUAUCUGUACACCAGCAAAAUGAGACAUUCAUGCUGUGUAACUGCACCAUGGCAAGAUGCAUCGAGAACAACACAAUUGAAAUCAUUCCAUAUGAAUGUCCACCCCUUGAGGAUAUCACUUGUAGCAAUGGAAAGAAACCAGUUCUUGUGUACGAUGAAUACUACUGCUGCCAACAUUAUGCUUGUGACUGUAAGUUAUUGAAUAGUUACAAAGGCAAAAAUAAUUGUGGAAUGUCUUGCUUUGAUUUUUCGAAAAUUACAUUAUCCCCUCAAUGUUUUCUGUCUAUCAGGUGUAUGUGAAGGUUGGGGAGAUCCUCAUUAUAUUACUUUCGAUGGAUUGUACUACAGUUACCAAGGAAACUGUACCUACGUAUUGAUGGAAGAGAUUCUACCACAACAUAACUUAAAGAUUUAUAUUGACAAUGUAUUUUGCGAUCCAACUGAGGAUGUUUCUUGUCCACGAUCAAUAAUUGUAUCAUAUAGGACAGAAGUGAUCACACUCAUGAAUCAUAAUCUUCUUGGAAUAGCACAGUUAGAGGUAUGCAUGGCCUGUUAAAAGCAUUGUUCUGCACCCUGAAUAAGUUAUCAAAUCUAUUUGGGUAGAUUUUACGCUCAGCAAAUACAAAUUAGACACAAUGAAUCAUUUUUUCUUUUAUAAUUGAGUAUUUUCUGGUCAUAAGAUGUAUUUAUCUGCUUUUUUGUAGGCACUCAAAGAUAGAGAGCGGUUGAAGCUACCUUAUUCACAUCUUGGUGUCAAGGUCCUGAAUUCUGGCCUUACCUUAAUUUUGGAGAUCCCUCGUCUAGAUGUUGUCAUUACAUUUGGAAUAACUGGCUUUAGUGUCACCCUUCCAUUUAAAUACUUUGGCAGUAACACACAGGGUCAUUGUGGUAAGGACAUCUUUCACAAUCUCCACUGAGUAUGUUAAUAAACAAUCCAACUUGCUGCUUCGAAGUUAACUUUUUUGGACUCUUACAGGUACAUGCAAUAACAACCAGGCUGAUGACUGCAGGUUGCCUGGUGGCCAGCUGGUUGAAAGUUGUGCAGUGAUGGCUGACUAUUGGCCUGCUACACACAUUUACCAACCCAACUGCCAAAUACCACCAGUACUACCUACCAAUGUACCUGAACCCCCUCCAACCUUAACUCCAUGCAAUUCAGACUCCAUAUGUGACCUUAUCAAGGGCAGGUACACAAUCUCAGCAUCUGGAUCACAUUUAUCCUUACAAUCUUGACACCAUGCAGUUAAAACGCACCUUCUUUAUUAUUGUGUGUAAUUAUGUCUUGCUUUCACAGUCUCUUUGCAGAGUGCCAUCCCUUCGUCUCUCCUGACAAUUUCUAUCAAGGAUGUGUUUUCGACAGCUGCCAUGUUUCAAACCCAGUGGUAGAAUGUACGAGUUUGCAAACUUAUGCUGCUGCAUGUACUCAGGCUGGAGUUUGCCUUCACUGGAGGAACCAUACAAAACUGUGUGGUUAGUGACCCCUUAUGUACCCCAUAUGUUUUGAUUAAUGUAAUCAGUCUUAUAAGUAACAUUUGCUUUUAUUAAAAUAAAUUAUUUUUUUCACUUGCAGCCAGUGACUGCCCGUCUGACAAAGUUUACAAGCCAUGUGGCCCUGCAGAACAGCCAACCUGUGAAGACAAGUAAGCGUCAACAAAAACAAUGCAAAAACACCUAUCUGUGUUUUUUUUUUUUUUCACGAAAAAACAUGAUAAAGGUUGAAAUUUCCCCAUAAAAAUGUCUCAUUAAGUUAAUUUAAAAUGUCAUUUCUUGAUUGUUCAAUAUUACAGUCCUGAAGAAUCAACCAUGAACUUCACUACUGAGGGCUGCUUUUGUCCUGAUGGAAUGAAACUCUUCAACAAAGAGUCUGGCAAAUGUGUUAGCAAGUGUGGUGAGUGUAGUGCUUAACCCCCAGUCUUACCAUUGAACUUAAUUCACCAUGUAACAUAUUUAGUCCUGAAGUAAGUCUUGAUUUCCUAUAGGUUGCCUUGAUCCUGAGGGUAAUCCUCGUGAGGUAAGUAAAGUCCUUAAUGCAAGUUGCAUUUAACCAGUGUUGUUUACAUACAAGUGAUAAUAAAGCCCCCAAUGUGGUUAAUUGUUUCAGUUCAAUGAGAUGUUUGAAUACAAAUGCCAAAACUGCAUCUGUGAGGAGUCUACAAAGACUGUGAUAUGCAAGCCAAAGGUGUGCCCAGUACCGAUCAUCACAAACUGCACUCUCCCAGGGUUUGUCCUUGUGAACAAAACUGACCCUUCAGACCCCUGCUGUUCAGUCUUUGUUUGUGGUAAGAUGUUUUGCAUCCAUUACUGCAUUUAUCCUCCUUUGUUCUCAUCAUUCAACAAAGAGCAUGACUGUUCAUUGCUGACUAUCUCCAUUUAUACUGUCAGAAUGUCACAGUAACACAUGCCCAGCCAUCGGUAGGAACUGUCUUGUUGGAUAUCUGCCAAAUAUUCAUGUUCCUGAGGGAAAAUGCUGUCCAGAACUUACAUGUGGUGAGCCUAUGCAUUUAAAGCUUUCAUGUGUAAAGAUUGUUUGGACAUUGCGUUAAUUCCAUUUUUUGUUUUCAGAGCCAAAAAGAGUUUGUGUCCACAAAGAGGUUGAAUACCAGGUAAGUGAGAAAACAUGCUCUUGAUUUUCUGGUGCUUCCACUGUAUGGCUAAUUGCCUAGGUAUGAAUCCGUUUCUUCUCUGGUUUGCAGCCUGGUUCUCCAGUUCCUGGGCCCGUAGGAUCGUGUCAGGAUUGUACCUGUACAAAUCAGGUUGACCCCAAAUCUGGUCUGUUCAAGAUAGUCUGCCAGUUUCAGCAAUGUCAAGAAAACUGUGACAUGGUAUGACUUAUAACAUAUUGCCAUACUCCAAUUUAUGCAAUGCUUGUUUAAAAACGUGAAAAAUUGAUCCUUCAUUUUUCUUUUAGGGAUAUGAAUAUGAGGAACCUGAGUCUGAUGAAUGCUGUGGUAAAUGUGUACAGAAACAAUGUAUCUUAAAUAUUAAUGGUACCAAGACGCUCCUGAUGGUAAGAUCAUUUUUUUAGCUGGAUGGUCUGAAGUAUGUCAAUACCUAACAACUGAAUAGAUUCUGUCUAAUGUGUGUUUGUGUGUGAAUACAAAAUAAUUUAUAUAUACAUCCCUUGCUCUCAAGGAGGGGAAAACCUGGUCACCACCAGAGAAUAGGUGUGAGUAUUACACCUGUGUUAAGAACGACGAGACACUGACAACAAUCAGUUCACAUGUAGUCUGCCCACCAUUCCUUCAGAGCAACUGCCAACCUGUAAGUACCACUUAAAACAAAUGAGUUUAUGCUAACAAUGAGAUGAUAAAUUAGAGUUGAAGCUUUGUGUUUUCUUCCCUAGGAUACAAUUCAGACUGCAGCAAACGGCUGUUGUAAAAUAUGUGAGUAUAAAUUUUCUCAAUUUUGGUAGAGGGUACAGAAAGAAAUACUUACCUUGAGUUUUCUCAAAAUAGGUGUGGAGAAGGAGAAAGCCUGCAAAAAAGGAUACAUGAAAACACAUGUAAUGCACAGGGGCUGUCAGUCUUAUCAGGAGGUAGAUAUGCCAUACUGUGAGGGAUCCUGCAACACUUACACCAGGUAAGGAUGAUUCUGAUUUUGAUAAUAUGUUUAUUUUCCACCCUAGGAAAGUAAUACACUCAGAAUUUCUAAAAAUGAACUGCAUAUAGCUAUGUUUAAUUGCACGCUUAAUUCUUUCUCACCUCUCAUUAGAUACUCUGAAGCAGCAGCUGUUAUGCAGCAUUCAUGCUCCUGCUGUAAGGAGACACGCUUCAGCAAUCGGACUGUUGACUUGCACUGUCUGAAUGGAGAUGUGGUUCCCUACACAUACAUGCAUGUGGAGGAGUGCGGCUGUAGCUACACUGAUUGCACCAGAGCUGCUGCACAACAUGCUCGCAGGAGGCGAAGCUUCACACUGGUUUAA